GGUGUUUCCCAGCUUUAAAAGAACCAGAGACAGCCCCUCUGACAAAGCCGCGCUGCGUCAUCGACCUGGGGAGACUCUUGGAGACCUUCAAUGGGAACAAGACAGACUAACUCACCUCAGCCACAGUCGUCCCCUUAACAGCGCCCACCUCCUCAUCCACUCCACCAAGACUCAUCCGCCUCUCAGCCGGGUAAAGUUGAGCGCCGCUUGUUGAAUGCAGGAUACGCUCAUCUUGAGCGGUUCUUCCAAGUUCACGUUUGAAGCUCCAGCCAGUGAGGAGCGGGGACUCCACUCUGGUACCUCUGUCGCCGAAAUGAAGUCUGCAGAAGAAGAUGCAUUCAGCUACACACCAAAUGUCACGCUUUCCCUUCCAUUGGGCAUGGGCAACCCUUGUCUGGCUACCCAGUACCACACCUUACAGUCCAGUCCGGUCAUCUCUGUUACAUCUUGUCACCAGACAGGCUACAACUUCCAAAAUGACAACCAUGUGGCAUCAGGUUAUUACUUGCCUCAUGGUCUCAGACCUAACGGGGCUCCAGCUCUGGAAAGUCCACGUAUUGAAAUUACUGCCUACAGCCAGUGUCCUGAAGAUGAAGUAGAAGAAAGCAUCAGAGAAGACCACAUCAUCAAAAGAGGUGUUAACUCCAUUGUGACACUUACACUGCCCAAUGCAGAUGGCUACCGUGAUCCCAGCUGCCUCAGUCCCGCGAGCAGCAUUUCUUCACGCAGCUGUAACUCUGAAGCUUCAUCCUACGAGUCUGGCUUUUACAACUAUGACAACUCCCCACAGAAUUCCCCCUGGCAGUCUCCCUGCGUUUCUCCCAGGGGCUCCACACUUUUAUCCUGCCCACAUGCCAGCGGCCCCGCAGCCUCCCCUCACAAUUCGCCCUCCAACUCCCCUCAGAUCGGAGCUGUGGCUGAGGAAGGCUGGCCAGCUCAGCCUCGUGGCUCCAGGCCGAACUCCCCUUCCUUCAAUGGUGGAGGCAACAACAACAACAACAGCAGCAGUGCUGGUGUGGGGAAGAGAAAGUACAGCUUCAAUGAUACCCCCUGCCACCAGACAUCUUGUUCACCCCACCAAUCUCCUACACCCUCACCGUAUGGCUCCCCCAGAGUCAGUGUCACAGAUGAGAACUGGCUUGCCAAUGCCAACCAGUACACCAACUCCGCCAUUGUGGCCGCGAUCAAUGCUUUAACCACAGAUGGAGUGAUAGACAUGGGAGAGGGGAUCCCCAUUAAGACACGUAAGACCAUGGUGGACCAUUCACCUUCUAUGAGCCUCAAGGUGGAGCCUGGUGGUGAAGAGCUCGUCCAGGAGGGGGACCUCGGCCACGAGGACUAUCCUUCCCGCAUGGUUUUGAAGAAGGAGAACUACUGCGGAGGCUUCCUCGAGGUGCCUCAGCAUCCCUACUCUUGGUCGAAACCCAAGCCUUACCUAAGCCCAUCUCUGCCAGCGCUUGAUUGGCAGCUCCCAUCCUGCUCCGGCCCAUACAGUUUACAGAUUGAGUUACAGCCAAAGUCCCACCACAGAGCCCACUAUGAAACUGAAGGCAGCCGUGGGGCAGUGAAAGCUCUAUCUGGAGGUCACCCGGUUGUCCAGCUUUACGGCUACAUGGAAAGCGAACCGCUCACCCUGCAGCUGUUCAUAGGGACCGCAGACGACCGCCUCCUGCGACCACAUGCCUUCUACCAGGUACACCGCAUCACUGGCAAAACUGUCUCCACUGCGAGCCAUGAAGUCAUGCAAUCCAACACCAAAAUCCUGGAGAUCCCUCUGCUGCCUGAAAACAACAUGCGAGCCAUAAUUGACUGUGCAGGCAUUCUUAAGCUGCGCAACUCAGACAUUGAGCUUCGCAAAGGGGAAACGGACAUCGGACGUAAAAACACUCGUGUGAGGUUGGUGUUCCGAGUGCACAUCAACCAGCCCAACGGCAGGACCGUAUCAUUACAAGCCGCCUCGAACCCCAUUGAAUGUUCUCAGCGCUCAGCACAGGAGCUUCCCUUGGUGGAGAAACAGAGUAUGGACAGCUACAUUGCCACUGGAGGCAAAAUGAUCGUCCUGAGUGGUCUAAAUUUCCUCCCUGACUCAAAGGUGGUGUUUGUGGAGAAGGCGCAGGAUGGUCAUCAUCUGUGGGAAACUGAAGCCAAAGUGGACAAAGACACUGUCAAAUCUAAUACACUUUUCGUUGAGAUUCCACCAUAUCGAAACCAGAGAAUAUCCACCCCUGUGCUGGUAAAUUUCUACGUGUGCAACGGCAAGAGGAAGAGGAGCCAAUACCAGCAAUUCACCUACCUUCCUCCUAAUGUGCCGAUGAUAAAGACAGAACCCAGUGAUGACUAUGAUUCUUUGGGGACUUCGGCGCUGUCCAUACAUUCAAAGUCCUACUUCAGCCAUUCCAGACUUAACCCCAUCUUGCCUGUUGCCGAUCACGAUGCCUGUCUGGCUGGUGGCUACCCUCCCUGCCCUUCUGUCAAUGCUGCCAUGUCGUCAUCGUCCCCCAAUCCCAGCCCAACCCUGCAUGACCUCUCCCCUGUGGCAUACAACAAGUGCCUCCCCAAUAGUCCUACCCAAGUAGUACCUCCAAGUCAUAUGGUGACUGCCUUCCAGGAGACCAAUGGCAGGCCGAUCCUUACCCAUCCAGCAUCUCCUGACCACAGCUCCCCCCUAGGUAUGCUCCAAACUCAGGGAAGCCCCAGCCACAUCAACAGCCCAGGAACCCAGGGAUUCCACCCUGUCUAUGCCAACAGCAGCGCUUCAUCCUCCCCGGCCUCUCAUGCCUCUACCCCCAGUGGGCCUGCAGAGAGUCCAUUUGUUCAGGCCUACAGCCCCAGCCAGGCUCAGGCAGCAGCAGCAACCUCGGCUCAGGCUGGCGGGAACUCACCAAGCCUGCUUCACGAGGACUCCAGUCCACCUGCAAUUGCCAUCACGGUCAAACAGGAACCCCAGGAACUGGACCAGAUAUACCUAGAUGAUGUUAACGAGAUCAUCAGGAAUGACCUUUCCAGCAUUUCCGUGCACACUCAUGCAUAGACGUCACGAAGUGCUGCAGCAAACACAUCCAUAACCAUCAUCAACAAAAACAACAUGAAAAAGAGAAGAUCCAGAAGAUGAAGAAUAGCUACCACGACCAGGAUCUCCCAUCUGAUCAAUGUUCAUCACUUCCUUCGUUCUUGCUCAAAGACAUGAUGCAGAUCCACAUGGACUCUGUAUCGAUCUGCCUGGAAAAGUUUCUAUCUAUAUUAUAUGUUGAUGUAUGUAAGUAUAUACAGUAUGUCAUAUAAUUUGUACAAAUUGGAAAUGUAUAGAGGGCAAGAUGCUCUUUAGUGGACCAAACAGCUCACUGAGAUUCUUAUUGACUAUCUUCAUUUGGAGUGUGAUGCUUUUGCCCAUGCAUGGACAAGAUAAUGGGACAAAAAUGAUCACGGUUCAUGAGUUUGUUUCUCUUUUUUUGGUGUGUGUAGUCGAUCCGCAACAAGUGAAUUGGUGCCUUACUAGUUAGUGAAGGCGAUGGCCGGCAGAAGAUGCAAAUUAUGGUUAAUUACAACCCAAAGUGCAAAGUUUUAUAUGACGCUUUUGUAUCAUUUGAUGAUGGUUUGUUUACAAAGAAAAUCGACACAUGUUGGAAAAUGAUAUCGGGAUUAUAUAAAGAUUUUUCUGUUGUUUUUUUUCUCAUUGUCCAUUUAUACUGAAUGUGAUGUACUAUAUUGUUUUGUAUGGACAUAUCUGAAAAUAUGCCUUAUGUUUAUUCUACGUAGUUUGCUUAUCAGCACUGUCUUCCCUUAUUAUUGCGUCCUUAUAUACGUAUUCUUUCUACUAAGCUUCAUUAUGCUUUUCACCUUUGUGCCUGUUUUAUCAUGCCCAGUCUUCCACCCAGACCAUGACAUAAUGAUGCACAGACAAUCAUUGAACAUCACAUAACCUUGGACCAAGGUCACCAGUAGUCACAUGUUCUAGAUCAACAAUGGUAUGCUUACCUGCUGAAAUUAUAUAUUACUCCAAAGCAAUUUAGUCUUUUAAUUCUUGCACUGCGCAUUGAAGAUAUAAAUAUAAGCGUCUAAGUAUGCCACCGGAUCGGUUUAACUCAUCGUCUUGGUCAUUUUAAUGAGGACCUGGCAGGACUGUUACUUCUACCUGGCAAUAAUUGAUCUGUGUAAACCAAAGCAUUCUCUCUUUGGUGAAAUUAUUGUCCAAAUUUCUCUUUUCAACAUCCAGUGGUUCCCCCCAAGUACAAAACUAUUAAGCACUUUACCAUACAAAUAGGUAGUCUUGCUUCCAGACCAAAUGUAUGUCAAAUUCCUGCUCUUAUGUCAUGAACCUCGGAACCUUCCAGUCUUUUCUAUGUCAUCUAUCUUUUGGAGCAUGCACAUUGACCAAAUAUUUUUUAUUAUUUAGCUGAUUAUUGCUUUCUGUGGAGCGCUUACGUCCAUUUUUGGAAACAUAUAAAAGCAUGACUAAACUACAUGAGCAAGGAUUCUAUUUUGUGCCUUAAUGUCCUUCUCAGAUUCAAGAUCAUUGUGACUAUUGCUUUUCUGUGUAGACACAAGGUGAACCAUAUUUCUCAUUUAUUAAUAUGACAUAUUUAUGACAUUUGAAAUGUGUUUUAAGUGGUAUUGUGACCAUGCAUAACUUAAGUCCCUUUUUUUAUUAUGAGCUGUUAAUAAAUGUACACUUAUGUUGUGUGACUGAAUAACUGAUUAUUUUAUUUUUUAUUUUCUCUUUUA